AUGCAUGAACGGAGAACGCAUGCAUUUUUCGCGGUGACACUCGCGACCGUUGACGCAGAUCGUUCUUGGCGAACCGUAGACGACGAAGUACUGUAUGAAAGGGAGCUAAAGCAGGCUUCUACGAAUCGAUUACCCGUUUCAGUGGGCUUGGCAGAAGUAUUCAUCGAAAUGGAGUACACGUCAAUGAAAACCAGCAACCCUGAAGCUUUAUCGUUAUACUACAGAACCAGUAUUCUACCGGACGAUACCGGCGCAUUACCGAUGAAUACGACGAGGCCUAUUGCUAUAGUGUACCUGCGAAUCGCGUACUGUGUUUUUGGAAUACUUCAGAUGAUUGUCACGUGCAUUACUCUCACAGUCACCAUGCGGAUCAUGCAGACGCUCACGUGA